AUGACCGGCUCCUGCUGUGGCUCCUUCUCCUCCCAGAGCUGUGGAGGCUGCUGCCAGCCCUGCUGCUGCCGCGACCCCUGCUGCUGCCGCCCAGUGUCCUGCCAGACCACAGUGUGCCGCCCUGUGACCUGCGUGCCCCACUUCACCAGGCCCAUCUGUGAGCCCUGCCCCCGCCCCAUCUGCUGUGACCCCUGCAGCCUGCAGCAGGGCUGCUGCCGCCCCAUCACCUGCUGCCCCACCUCUUGCACAGCUGUGGUCUGCAGACCCUGCUGCUGGGCUUCCACCUGCUGCCAGCCCAUCUCUGUGCAGGCUCCCUGCUGCAGGCCCCCCUGCUGCCAGCCUGCCCCCUGCCGCACCACCUGCAGGACCUCCCCCUGCAACACCUGCUGCUGA